GGACUCGGCCCAGCCGCCGGAGGCUCCGCGCUCUGACUGCUCCGUGCAGGCUUUCACAGGUGCGAUGACUCAGCAGCCCCAGGAAGACUUUGACAGGAGCGUGGAGGAUGCCCAGGCAUGGAUGAAGGUGGUACAGGAGCAGCUUCAGGUCAAUGACAACACGAAGGGGCCCCGAGCGGCCUUGGAGGCGAGGCUGCGAGAGACAGAGAAAAUCUGCCAGCUGGAGCCUGAAGGAGGCAUGAAGGUGGAACUGGUCCUGCGGGCGGCUGAGGCCCUCCUGGCAACUUGCCAGGAGGGCCAGAAACCUGAGAUCCUGGCCCAGCUGAGGGAUAUCAAGUCUCAGUGGGAAGAGACAGUCACCUACAUGACUCACUGCCACAGUCGCAUCGAGUGGGUGUGGCUGCACUGGAGCGAGUACCUGCUGGCCCAGGAUGAGUUUUACCGUUGGUUCCAGAAGAUGCUGGUCACGCUGGAGCCCCCCGUGGAGCUGCAGCUGGGCCUGAAGGAGAAGCAGUGGCAGCUGAGCCAUGCCCAGGUGCUGCUACACAAUGUGGACAAUCAGGCUGUGCUCCUGGACAGGCUACUGGAGGAGGCGGGCUCCCUGUUCAGCAGGAUUGGGGACCCCAGCGUGGAUGAAGAUGCCCAGAAGAGGAUGAAGGCUGAAUACGAUGCUGUGAAGGCCAGAGCCCAGCACAGGGUGGACCUCCUGGCCCAGGUGGCCCAGGACCAUGAGCAGUACCGGGAGGAUGUGAACGAGUUCCAGCUGUGGCUGAAGGCGGUGGUGGAGAGAGUGCACAGCUGCCUGGGGCGAAACUGCAAGCUGGCUACGGAGCUUCGCCUGUCUGCACUGCAGGACAUCGCCAAGGAUUUCCCUAGGGGUGAGGAGACUUUGAACAGAUUGGAGGAGCAGGCUGUGGGUGUCAUUCAGAACACCUCUCCUUUGGGUGCAGAGAAGAUCUCAGGAGAGCUGGAGGAGAUGCGGGGAGUCCUGGAGAAGCUGAGAGUCCUCUGGAAAGAGGAGGAAGGAAGACUGAGGGGCCUGCUCCAGUCCAAGGGGGCCUGUGAACAGCAGAUCCAGCAGCUGGAGGCAGAACUGGGAGAGUUCAAGAAAAGCCUGCAGAGGCUGGCCCAGGAGGACUUGGAGCCCUCUUUGAAGGCAGCCACAGAGGACGAGCUGGUGGCCCAGUGGAGGCUGUUCUCAGGGACUCGGGCUGCACUGGCUUCAGAGGAACCCCGUGUAGACCGGUUGCAAACUCAACUGAAGAAACUUGUCACUUUCAGAGACCUGGAGCCGCUCUCUGACAGUGUGGUGGCUGCCCUUCAGGAAUACCAAAGAAUGAAGGGGAAGAAUGCCAGGCUCCACAAUGCGACCAGGGCAGAGCUGUGGCAGCGUUUCCAGCGGCCUCUCAAUGACCUGCAGCUGUGGAAGGCCCUGGCCCAGAGGCUCCUUGACAUCACCACCAGCCUGCCCGACCUGGCCUCCAUUCACACUUUUCUACCCCAGAUUGAGGCAGCCCUAACGGAAAGCUCCCGCCUGAAAGAGCAACUGGCCAUGCUUCAGCUGAAGGCGGACCUUCUAGGCAGCAUCUUUGGCCAGGAGAGAGCAGCCACCCUCCUGGAGCAGGUGACAAGUUCUGUGAGGGACAGAGACCUACUACAUAACAGCCUUCUUCAGCGGAAGAGCAAACUUCAGAGCCUGCUCGUUCAGCACAAGGACUUUGGGGUGGCUUUUGAUCCCCUACACAGGAAGCUCCUAGACCUCCAAGCCAGGGUCCAGGCGGAGAAAGGGCUUCAGCGGGACCUUUCUGCAAAGCAGGUCCAGCUCCUGAGGUUGCAGGGGCUGCAGGAGGAGGGGCUGGAUCUGGGGACACAGAUCGAGGCUGUGAGGCCUCUUGCCCAUGGGAACUCUAAGCACCAGGACAGAAUAGACCAGAUCGCCUCUGACCAGCAAGCCCUGCAGAGGUCCCUGGAGGACCUUGUGGACAGGUGUCAGCAGAAUGUACGGGACCACUGUACCUUCAGUCACAGGCUGUUGGAGCUGCAGCAAUGGAUCACCAUGGCCACACAGACAUUGGAGUCACACCAAGGGGAUGUGCAUUCGUGGGAUACUGAGUCCCGAGAGGCUGGACUCGAGAGGCUGCUGUCUGAAAUCCCAGAGAAAGAGGUCCAGCUGUCCCUGCUCCAAGCACUGGGCCAGCUUGUGAUGAAGAAGUCUUCCCCAGAGGGGGCAGCUGUGGUCCAGGAGGAGCUGAGGAAGCUGAUGGAGUCUUGGCAGGCCCUGCAGCUACUAGAGGAGAGUGUGCUGAGUCUCAUGAGAAACCAGCAGCUGCAGAGGACAGAGGUGGACACUGGGAAGAAGCAGGUUUUCACCAACAACAUCCCGAAGGCUGGCUUUCUCAUCAAUCCUCAGGAUCCCAUUCCCAGGAGACGGCAUGGGGCAAACCCACUGGAAGAACAUGACGUCCAUGAAGAUGAUCCCCAGCUCCUGAGGGACUUUGAACAGUGGCUGCAGGCAGAGAACUCCAAGCUACAUAGAAUCGUCACAAUGAGAGCAGCCACAGCCAAGGACUUGAGGACCAGGGAGGUGAAGCUGCAGGAGCUGGAGGCUCGAAUCCCAGAAGGCCAGCACCUCUUUGAGAACCUGCUUCGUCUCAGGCUCGCAAGGGACCCUUCCAAUGAGCUGGAAGACCUGCGCUACCGGUGGAUGUUAUACAAGUCCAAGCUCAAGGACUCUGGCCACCUGCUGACGGAGAGUUCUCCAGGGGAGCUGACUGCAUUCCAGAAGAGUCGAAGGCAGAAGCGGUGGCGGAGUCCCUGCUCUCUCCUACAGAAAGCAUGCCGCGUGGCGCUGCCAUUGCAGCUGCUGCUCCUGCUCUUUCUGCUGCUGCUGUUCCUGCUGCCGGCGGGCGAGGAGGAGCGCAGCUGCGCCCUGGCCAACAACUUCGCCCGCUCCUUUGCGCUCAUGCUUCGGUACAACGGCCCCCCGCCCACCUAGCCUACUGGGCGCACAGGUGACCUUCUGCAGUCCCUCGGAGGCUGGCUGCUGGGGGCACAGUAGCCGAUCAGACACCCAGAGCAGCCUUAGACCAAAUGCUGCAUCUGUUCCCAGAACAAACUUGCCUUUUUCUACGAUGCUGUUUCUGUCUAUUUAUACCAAAUGUGUUCUCUGUGUGGUUAGGGAAUAUGUACAGAAUUUUUAUACGCCAUGUCCGUACAUGCCCAGUGUAAAUAACUUCAGAUACAAUGUCCCUUUGUGCCUAGGGAAGCCCCAGGCAGUGUGUUUCUCUAAUGGGAUUUGUGGCGCUUGUGCCUUAGCCUCCUGUCAUGCCUGGGGGGGCAGGAAAAAAAAUCACAUGUUACUUUUGAUGACAGACUGUCACCCAGAAAUCCAGACGUUGCUGAAGAAGCCUCUGAGAGGUUAGCAUAGCCAGACAGAACUGGAGCCCCGGGACUUGUGCACGUGGCUAGUUUUAAAGAUAAAGUAUAGAUGAAGAGAAUCCAUGAUGGCCGGGCACUGGCUUAGCCAGAGCAGUGAGACAGAACAUGUGUCAGAGGGAUACAGAGAGAGCAACAGAAGAACUGUAAAGAUGGGACCCAACCGAGCACCACGAAAUGCCGCUGCCGAGAGACCGACCCGGUCGCAGCAACCACGGAUAAACACAGACCAGCGAGGAAUGCGGGUGACCGCGACUGCGGGGCCCCGAGUCUUCAGGAAGUGGCUGGGUUUUAUUUGUGUGUUUUCUCCAGGAGAAAGAAAAAGAUGAACUUGACUCUUUAUUCUUAAUGCACAAGGGUGAAGCACAUUGCAGGGUCCUGUGCCAGUCCUGGGAGGCCCGUGCCAGCCAUCGUACACAGCUGUGGAGCUGUCCACAGCCUAGGGCGUGAGGCGAGAGCAGAUGGAGAUACUUGCCCAUCAGGCCAGGGAUCGAGGGUCCACCCUAAGCAGAGAGGAGAGACUCAGACAUCUGAAGGGGUCUUUCUUCCCUUCCAAGAAGGGACUAUGCAGGCCGGUGGGUCUACAAGGCUGGCCAGGUCCCACCUUCCCCCAUGGGCCCAGGGCUCAAAGUCUGACCCCAGGCUAGAACAGGCAGAGUGAGCUCCAGGCACAGGUGGGUGAUUCCAGGUUAUGCCCAAGGCUGGAAACAACCAGGGGAUUCUGGGAUGAUUCCUAAGUGCUUUAAAACUGAAUCAGGUUCACCCUAAACUGAUACUUUUUUUUAACCUUUAGAAAAUACUUAACACUCCCCUUUUACAGAUGGAAUUUGUCUUGGGUGUGUGUGCUCUCAGGUCUGCAUCAUCAUCACCAUCACCAUCAUCAUCAUCACAGACCCAUCGAGGCACUUUAAACACAGCAAAUACUGAAGCCCUAAGAGGGCCUGAGCUUCCAGGUCACCACAUUUGUCCCCAUACCUGAUUCCCUAGCAAGCUGGCAUCAGGCCGUACCAGGUGAAGCUUUCAUUUUAGCAUGGUACCCAGGAAAGGUUGGACAUCGGCAAACAGGAAAGCAGCUUCUUAGGGCUCAUGACCCUGACUUAGUCUGGAACCCCAGUCACAAGGUCCUCCCUGCACCCGGCCACUUUGCCUGGAAAUCAGGGGCUGGUGAGCCCUGACCUUAGUCAGACCCAGCUAGCCAACCCUUGACCUCAGACCCAGGUAGCCGAGUCCAGAUGCUCACUAAGACCAUUGGUCCACCACUAGGUCAGAACUGUGGCAAUGGCUAUCAAUACGUCCAGAUUCACCUUCUCAUUUCAAAAGUAAGAAACCUGAGGCCCAGAGAGGGGAAGUAACUCACCCAUCGUCACACAGCAAGAACCUAUAAAGCCAGAAAUAGACUGGUUCCCACAGUCUUUAGGUGAUACUGGGUUCAUUAGAGCAAACCCCACAUUUUCCUUCCCAGGAAGAAUGAACGGGGUUAGUGCGUGGCUCAGAGAUGGAGCGCUUGCCUAAUAGGUGUGAGUCCUGAGUUCUACAACUGGAACUGAAGGGGGUUGGGGGGAGCUGUCUGCUAUGAAUGUGGGCGUGUCUCCUGGUAAAACUGCAAUACGAGGGUCAAACUGCAAUACGAGGGUGGGGGUGGGGCAGGGCAGGAACAUGGCUGUGUGUCUAACUAUUGACAAUGGCACUGUGGAUUGCUUGUUGCAUAACAUUUUUUUUAACAGAGGGGACUGAUAUUUUUAUUACUUUCAUAUGAAUAUAGCUGGCACAUGACAUGCUAGCCA